CGCAUGCCUACAGUUUGGCUGGACAGGUGCCUCAGUUUUGCUGGCAGCCAUGAGGAUCCUACCGAUAGUGAUUCUGGCCUUGAUGGCGGUCCAUUCCGGCUGCGGAAAGAAGCAGGGCAAGAAGGCCAAGGACAAGGGUCCUUGUGGUAAGCCCUAUCUCAAGGAGCUGAACGGAAAGUGCUUCUAUGUGGGCGUCAAAAAGAUCAACUGGUUCGGGGCCCAGAACAACUGCCUGCGCAAGGGCCUCAACCUGGCCGACGUGUCCACCGUGGAGGACUUCAACGCGGUGGUCCACUACAUGACGUCGCAGCUGGGAUACGACGACUUCUGGUUCGGAGGCAACGACCUGCAGUCGGAGGGCCGCUUCAAGUACAUCAGCAACGGGAAACUGGUGCGCUACAUGGGCGUCUCCCCCAUAGUGGAGCCGACUCAGCGCUCCAACCUGGACGACUGCCUGGAGAUCAGGAUCCGGCCCAACGUGACCGUCGUCCUGGACGUGAACUGCCAGGAGAAGAAGUACUUCAUCUGCGAGCAGAACCAGCUCAAGUGCGCUGUGCCCGCGGCGGACAGCGGGGAUGGGCAGAAGCACAGCCACGAGCACUUGCACCACUUCCACCACGACGCCGGCAAGAAGGAGAAGCAGGAGGCGGGGAUCAAAGAGCAAAGUUUGGAGAGCGAUUCACGGCCAGCUGACAAUUCGAAUUCAACGGAGAUCGGGGUCUCGGAGGAGAAGAAAACGGAGGGCGCGCCGUCUGGAGGUGAUGGUGGUGGCACCACGGAGCCGGUGUUCGAGAACGGCAUGGGAAACGCGGGGGCCACCAACGCCGAGGAGGCCCAGACGGUGCCGCCAGGCGGGGGUGCGAGUGCCUCCACGGCGGCAGAAGGCGCUGGAGCAGCCACGCCCGCCCCGGAUGCGGCCACUCCGGCGGCAGGUGCCCCAGCGGAAGGAGCUCCAGCCGCCGAGGGCGCCACUCCUGCACCGGCAGCUCCGGAAGGCGGGGCCACACCUGCACCUGCUCCGCCGGCCUGAUCGCACCAACCCACCAACCGGGCGCACCAAUAGACAUCUAGGGAAUCGAGUAAUGUUUGAGCUUUCACCAAAUAAAGUUGAGUUUUAACCACAUGAA